CCUCUCCACCCUCUCCACCCUCUCCACCCCCAUUUCUCUCUCUACGCCUCGUCCACCGCCUCAAGUGGCCACCAACUCGGCAACCUCAACGCGCACACACACACCGCGAUGCCCGUCGUCUAUCUCUGGCCAGGCAGCGGCGACCCCGCAGAUCUGGGUGCCAUUCUCCGAGACUGCAUCGAGUGCGACUCCGAAGACUGUCUCUGGGACCCCAAUCCAGACGGUAACUGCGGUUACCACGCUCUGGGCAGGGCACUGGGGCUGGAUGCGUCUACGAUUCGCCUGAGAUACUUUGAAUGGCUUGAAGAGGAACUUCCACGCCUUUGGCCUAAAAUCCCGCAGAGCAUCAUCGACGACGCCAAGCGAAGGGUCUUCUGGGAAGGCAUUCAAGGCGCACUCAACGAAUCGGCCUCUGGUUGCAUCGAUCCCGACCUCUGGCUCGACACGGCUGACCUUGGCUUCCUUGCUCAACUCGUCGGCCGCGUCAUCUGCGUCUACGAUGGUCAAUACUCUCGCAUGAUGCAGACUUAUGCUCCAGUGAAAGGUCCACUCAAAGCAGGCGAGCCAAUUGCGCUGCUGCACAUUCCCGGACAUUGGCAGCUCGUCAAGCACAAGAAAGGAGCACCUCUUCCCCCCUUGAACCUCGUUUGCUGGGGCUCCAAGAAGCAGGGUUUCCUCGAUGACCCAUUUCAUCAGACGCUCCACGAGGCUUUUCCCCUUUGGUGGGCAUUCAGGGUAGACCCCGAGGAGGAGAAAUGCGGUUGCAGGGGCGCAGGGCCCGAGUAGCGCGUCCUCCUCGCUCGCUCAGAACACGAUGAGGUGGCUCAGGAUUCAAC